AUGAAAAAAGAAGAUGGCGUCCUGAAAGAGAAGCAGCCUGAGACAGAGAAGAAGAAUGCGCUCUUUGAUCUGGUAUUCAGGACGGAGGAGAAGGAGAGCCAGCCUCCGCAGCCCAAGAACGACCUGCUCCUCUACCUUAAGAAUAUACUUGGAUACAAAAUAACUCUCCUGAAAGAUAACACAUUUAUGCUUACAUCAAUCUAUGCAUUCACUAAAGACGACUAUUUUUGCGUAGAAGUCAAAAACAGUCGCAUGUCGUUCCUGAGCACGCCGUUCCUGAGGCAGUGGAAGGAGCACUACGUGAAGUACGUGACGGAUGGGUCGUCGAUAUCUGCGUUUCUGGCUGCUGUAAACCUGGAACUGUUCAACAUGAAGACGAGUGACUUCUAUAACGGCACUGUUCAAAGACGAUUUGGAUACGAUAAGGAACAGGGUGAUGGUGAUUAUUAG